AUGCGUACCCGAAGACAAUUCAUGCCGGGCGAGGGCCUUCUCGUCCUCGAAGCACAGGAGAGGACGCUGAGUUUCCUGGUCAAGUGCUGCGAGCUCAUCCUCCACGACGUCCCCCCGGACACGCUAACCACAGACGUCUUUCCCGUCCAGCCGGAGCCCGAGUUCAAGAACGAGCAGGAGGCCGAUGGGUUCGACUCGUUGGCGGCGAUGGCGGCGGAAGCUCCUUACCGCUUGCCCGCGCGCCUCGACCUCGACCGCAUCCAGUCCCUCCUCGGCACCAAGGUGGCGGCCGCGCGAGACCACAUCUGGUCGCUGCGUGAGGACCCGGGAUACUUUGCAGAGCAGCUCGCCGAGAUCACGGAGCAUCGACAGGAGAUGAUUAAAGACGUCAAUGGCAACGCGCAUCCCACGCUCAGCCGCCUUAAGCAGGACACCUUCUGGGCGCGGGUGGUCGCGGAGACUGUGGCCAGAGCGUACGACGAGCUCGAAGUCUACACGCAACUCCACGACCUCGCGUUGGAGCUGCGGCGGGUGCUCGCCGCUCACGCCGGGUCAAUACACUCGUCCAAAGACCUGCCCGACGAGGUCAUGAACUCCCUCCUCAAAUUUCGUUUCUUCCUCAACGAAGCAGCCAAGGGCCCGCUUGGGCAGCUUAAACAGAGCGUUGUUGCCUCCCCGCCGAUGCGCCGCUUCUUCGCGCGCGACCCGCCCGUGAACGCCUCAUUCAUCGGUAUCAAGAUGAAGUCCGGGGUGAAGAUGAACAAGAUCGAGACGCAGCUGACGCGGCUCCUCCGUACACUCUGGGAAGACGGCCAGAAUCUCUUCUUCGCGAGCAUGCCCCUGAUUCUGGACGAGUUGGAACGCCUGCUGCACGCCGAGUCGCAGGCGAAAGAGCUGGUCAGUCCGUAUAUUGCCAGCGUCAUCGGCAGCCUCUCCAUCAUCUCGCAGUGCAUCUCCCAGCUCGACCUCUACCAGCCUUGGGCACGAAGCUACAUGUCCAAGAUGGUGGACAGGGAGGAUGGCUUGAAAAAGGAGUUUGCGGUGCAGACAGCAGGGCGGGCCAAGGUCAUGGCGGUUCUGAGGGAGAGCAAUGUUCUGCCCGCCGCGAGGCUGGCCGAGCCCUCGAACAACAGGUUCGCCUACCCGUCGGAGAAAAGGCGGACCAAGGCGGUCACAGCCACGCUGAUCGAAGCCGAGAGGAAUCUCGACGCGGUCUGGGCCGCCGUCGACCGCCUCAUACUUGGAAAGGCCGGGGGCUUGUGGAUGGAUGCCGUGAGACAUGUCCUAGAGCACAACCGCAGCCUGCAGCGCACCCCGGAGUGGGUUGAUGAGCCGGCUACCGGGGAGAAGAAGCCUAAGCCGACGGACGUCCAGGCCGACAUCGUUUAUCGGCCGCUAUCCACACUGUACUUUGAGAAGUCAGGGGAAGCGGCAGAUGAUGCAGCCCAGCUUCCCAAGCUGAAGAAGAAAACAAAGGGCGUCGCACCGCAAGACCCAGCAGAAACGUCCACUCCCACCACCGAAGCAGCUGCUCACAUCGAGACGUCCGCGCCCCCCAUCCGCGUCGACGCCCGCUCCUUCAAAGUCUUUCGCACGCUCUUCUUCGAUCCCAACGUCACCUCCCAUCCGGGCCAGGUUUCGUGGAAGGACUUCCUUCAUGCCAUGACCGGAACGGGCAUCUUCGCCGCCGAGAAACUGUACGGGUCCGUGUGGCAGUUUGAGCGAACGGAUGGAGACCAGAGCCGGAUCCAGUUCCACGAGCCGCAUCCGUACAGCAAGAUCCCGUUCGUGGUGGCGAGGCGGAUUGGUCGGCGGUUGAAUAGGAAUUAUGGAUGGACUGGGGAUAUGUUCGUGUUGAAGGGAACCCAAUAG